UUUAGAUAAAUUCUGCAGGGCAGUGGCCCAUUUGGUGACACUGGUAUAUUAGACUAGCAGUUAUUUCAAUCAUCAUUUUUUUGCUUCAUUAUUAGGCUGUUUGAGAUAAACUUUUAAAGAUUAAAACCAUGAACUUGCCACUUUUGUAAUUGCUCUCCCAGCAUGUUGGGUUUUAUGAUCUUGGUCUGUUUCAGCCAGAAUAUCCCAGAAUGUCCAACCACCAAGCUCCUGUAACUCCAGAAUGUCGCAUAGAGUAAAAUUAAUCUCUAAUGCACUGCUGUUUAUUUCUUUCCGGCAAUGUGGACAAUCUCUUUUCACGCUUUUAGCCCAGCAUUCUUUUAUGCACGUGUGACAAUAGUUAUGGCCACAAACUAGUGUAACGGGUUUUGUGAAAAUAUUAAAACAUAUUUCGCAUUUAAGAUUAUUCGCGACAAACUUCACAAUAUCCUCAUAUAAUGGCGACAUCACGUCAAAAAUUCUUCUCGGGAUCGAAAGUGAAACUCCAGGCAGGCCGUUUUGUCCCGUCUUGUAUAUAGUCGGAACCAGUUACAAACGCCAUGUUUCCACACGAGAACGCAACCUCGGGCCACUGAAGGCAACAACCCAACGAGCGUAAGGCAUACCCAUAUGUAAAGCGAACACUAGUGUGUGGCGAUUAAAUAUGUGGAUCGUGAAAGGACAUUACAGUCUGUUCAGUCGUCCUCCUCCAAGCUCCUUGCCUGACUAUGCACUCCGAUUCUUGCACUUCACCUGUUGUAGAAGUAGCAAAAUAAUGUUUUCAGAGUUUGAUAGCUCGAAUGCAUCCAUUUCCCCUGAAUUGAGACAAGAAAAUGCCAAAGCCCUGGACUCAUGUUACACUGAAGAGCAACGUGCAGUCAUCCUCCAGCGUCUCAAUACAGCCACAGAGUCAGAACUGGAACAGGUUAAAUUGCUGCGAGGACGGAAAUCGGUGAACAUUGUCAAGUACAGGACCAGACAUGGACCAUUCAGCAGUCUGGAGAGUGUCAUUAACGUGCCCUUACUGAAAUACAAGAGCGCCAUCAUGGUGUUCGACUCCAUUCUUAAUCCAGAUAACAAAAGGAAGAGGAACAAGGGGAAAGUCCAUCUGGCUAAAUUUAUAAAACCAGAUGUUAAUCGAGCUCACUUGGAGGAUGCAAGCUCUAUCAUAUCCAUUGUUUGUGGCACAAACAAAAUUGCUUGGGCCCACAUGGACCGGGCAAGAACUGUCCUCGACUGGCAGCAAGCAGAGUGCCAGAGUUUUAUGAAAGGCACGUAUCUGGCAUCUGAUUAUUUGGAAGAUAUUUCUUCAGUUAUUUCAAGCUUUCCUGCUGCUGACUUCUUUUUAGUGGAAAAGCCAAGUAUCUCUCCUCAGAAUACAUCUUUAUUUCCAGUCAUGGUCCAUCUCCGCACAGUAGAGGCCAUGCUAUUUGCUUUACUCUCUCAAGCCAGGGAACCAGGAAGCCCCCCUAAAGUCCUUAACAUGAUGCGCAUAUCCGUUGGUCGCCAUUUUGACCUAAUGGUGGGAGACUGUCGGACAAGUGGAGCUGAGACACUGAGAAAGAUGAUGACGGAUUCGGUGAUGAAGCGAGACCCACGUGUUCUUUUCCCUCAUGACCUGGUUUUAAAGCACAGGAACUCCUUUCAGAUGAGUAGUAGGAAUAAAGGGGAAGAGAUGUGUGAUGCUCUACUGCAAGCUGUUGCAUUUUUUGAGCUCCUGCAGGAGUGAAUCACCACCAGAUGACUGUUUGACUUAUUUUGGACUUGAUCAGCUGAGUGCUAGGAAGUUCCUUCAGCCAUUGAGUAAAACAUUACGCAAUACUUUUCUAAUUCAUUACCCAAGACUUUAUUGAUUUACCCGGGUGUUAAACUGGAACAUAGUCAGGCUUUAAACGUUAAAUGGCAACAACAUGGUAUUUUACAUGUCAUUACAGCCCUAUUCAAAGGUGGCACUUAGUUUUAUACAACAAGCCUAACUGUCUUUUUCUAUUAAGAGACCUUGCUCUGGGUUGGAAGCUAAAUGUUUAUCUUAAGGGUGCUAAUUUAAACCCCACAAAGAUUAAGCUGUCAUCGUUGGAAAUUUGAGAAAGGCCCUUAACCCUUUGUUGCUGCUUAAAGGGAAUGUGUACUGCCCCUUGGAUUAAAGUAUCUGUUCAAAGUCAUUUUAUUUAAUUCAUGAGAAUAUAAAUAGAGCUGCAGUGUUUAAACAUUGAAUACUCAAUACUCAACACCAACAAACAAACAUCCAAGAGUUUACAUACAAACACAAACAUAUAUGGACAAGGUCGACACCUGACUAAUGAGGAUUGUAAUGACCUCACGUUCUAAAUACAAGGAGGAGUUGAUUUUACCUUUUGCAGCUAUUACACGUUCUACUCUUCAUUUUUAGGCUUUCCUCAAGAUAUCUGAAAUGGGGUUAGAUGGAUGCAACUGGCCUGCCCCAUAACAAAAGCGAGUAACCCUGUUGUAACUUGUAUGUUUUUAUAAUUAUGCACACAUUCAACUAAAUCGCUUUAAAAGCAAUGGGGUUACUCACUUUAAAGCAAACUCAACUGUUUUCCAGUGUAUAGGAUGUGCUCUUUGCGGAAAACAAAAACAGUUAAUAGUUUCAUCAUUUGGCUUUUUGUAAACACAAAGAUGCCAUAAACAGUCUUUUACAAGUCUUUAAAUAAAAUAUUUCUGAAACAUAAAAAACUGAAAGUUCACAUCCCUUUAACUAUACAGAAAACCACGCAAAAGUUGAAGAAAAUUUACUGCACCAGCUCAGUCACACAUCAAGGGAAAUCCACUGCCAUAAGUUCUAAAGUGCUUCUGGGUAGGUGAAGGCUUGAGAGGUAGUGUGAACGUCUGACAGGACAAAGAGAGAGAGAAGAAAAAGAAAACAUUGCUUGAACAAAUACACAAUUGUAAAAAAGAAAUAAAAUCACUUAUUUAUAACAAAGCACCAGCCCUCAACAUGGUCUCCUUUGAAAACAUUAGUUAAUGCAUUGGAUAACAUGCGCUAACAGUGAACAAUAUUAUUUAAAAACAAAUCUUGCAUAGUGAAAAAACAUUGAUUCAUACAAAAUAUUAUGUAUUUGCAAUAUUUUCCUAUGAAAAGAAGUGCACAAAAUACAACUGUACACUUACUUGGCUGUAUAAUAACCAUGCAUGAUGAUAAAAAAAAAUACCUAA